CCCCGCGGCCCAAGAUGGCGGCCGCGCUGAGGGUCCCGCUGCUGGCGCUGCUCGUGGCGGGGGCGGCGCUGGGAGGGGGCGGCGGGACCUGCCGGGGGGGCUCCGGGACCGGCCCCGGGAGCAGGCCUGGUGACAGCGAGAGCUGCCGGGUGAGCCUGAGCCUGGAGCACUCCUUCGAGCUGGACGAUGCCCCGCGGUUCCGGCGCAGGGGGACCCUGUCACUGAGCCCCGGCCCCGAGCCCGCCCUGGCCCUGGCACAGAAACCCCUCGGGGACGAGGACAGAGCCCGGCUCAGGGAGGUGGCAGCCCGGGACGGGCUGUACCGUGUGCGGGUGCCUCGCAGGCCCCCGGCCCCCGGCGAGGAGGAAGGGCCCGGGUUCGUCACGUCCUUCGUGCGAGCGUGUGCCCUGCUGGAGUCGCGCCUGUCGGACCAGCUGACCCUGCACGUGGACGUGGCUGGGAACGUGGUGGCCCUGGGAGUGGUGGCACUGCCGGGGACCUGCCGGGGGACAGAGGUGGAGGACGCGGAGCUGGAGCUCUUCAACACCUCGGUGGCCCUGAGACAGCCCCUGCCCGCGGCCACCCCCGAGACAGCCGCCUUCAUCCGGCACCUGGAGCAGGAGCAGGCACAGAGAGCCCGGAACCCCCAGGAGCAGAAAUCCUUCUUCGCCAAAUAUGUGAGGGAAAACCCCCCCCCAAAUCCCCCCCAGGCCGCGCUGUGCAAUGCGAUGGGUGGGCGUGUCCCCGGCCACGCCCUGACGCCGCUCGGCCCAUUCCAGGCGUGGGCGGAGUACAAGGGGCGGGUGCGGCCCGGGGACCCCCCGGACCCGGCGGGGUGGAAGACGCGGCUGCGCUGUGCCCUCGCCCGCAGCCCCGAGUUCAAGGAGCUGCCCCGGCGGGGCCGCCCCGACGGGCCCUGCCCCUACCGCGUGUACCGACUGCUGCCCCCCAGGGAGUCGAAGGCCCCCAAGGCCCGGCGGAGCCAGAAGGAGUCGGAGCUGAGCCCUGAAGAACCCCGCCCCCAAAGCCAGACCCCGCCCCCCGACCCCCAGGGGGGGACCCAGGACCAUGGAGAGCCCGCCCAGGCCCCGCUCCUGGAGAUGCCGCCCCUGCGGAUCCUGGUGGAGAGCCUGGAGCCCCUCCCCCCAGCACAGGGUGACUUCGCACUGCUGCUGCACCUGCGCCGCGGCACCGCCGCGCUCCACCAGGUGGCGCUGCCGCCCGGCGAGUACCUGCUGAGUCCUCCGGGCCGCCAGGGGGCGCCGACGCCGCCGGGGGUGCUGCCGCGCGUGGUGCUGCCGGAAGGGGCGGGGCUGGGCCGGGGCUUCCUGCUCAGCAGCGCCCCCCGCGGGCUCUUCCUGCGCGCGCGCCCCGGGGCGCCCCCUGGCGGCGGCGGCGGGACCGUGCGCGGGCCCCACGUGACCGCCGGGCCCAUCCAGCAGGGGGCGCUGCUGCAGCCCUUCGACGGGCAGCGCUUCCGGCACG